AUGAAACUCCACCAUCACCCUACAAAGAUUAAAGUUGCCACGAUUUCCCAAGAGAUAAGUUACGACGAAGUCAAUGAACCAAAGCUCUGUAAACAAGGCAAACUUACGGUUGGGAAGAAGAAAUACCAGCAGAAGAAAAUUCCAAAACUAGGACCGGCGGAGAUAGAACCUUCAUUGGUCAUUGAAACUGAUUUUUCGCAGGAAUGGAGUCUCCCAAAAUCCGAUCUUGAAUCCCGGCAACAUACUAUUCAGAUUAAGAAUGCUUCUCAACUGUUCGCCAAACGCAAAACAGCUGCCGGCGUUUCCGGCUCUCGAACCAACUGA